GCAAGAUGAUUUCCACUCUUUUAAGUUUAAUAUUUACAAGAACAAUUACAUAUUUGUAUUUUAAAGCACUUAUGUAAACUGUACCUUAACUUACAGAUUCAUCUGCUACAAUGAAUGACAAAAACAGAGAGAAAGACCAUUCACAGGUUAACCAGACUGAAGGUCAGCAUGCAUCUUUCGACAGAAAAUGUCAGGACGCCACCCUCAUUAAUCCAGCAAUAUAUCGCCUGAACACAGCAAGAAAAUAUAUGGAUGGGACUAACGGAAAAGUCAGACAGUGGACAUAUGGAAAAAGAGACAGAGACAAACAGAACAAAGUCGUUCUGAUGGUGGGAGAAACUGGCGCUGGGAAAACCACAAUGAUCAGCACCAUGAUCAGUUACUUACUGGGAGUGAAGUUUGAAGAAGAACUGUUUUAUCAAAUCACAGUGGAAGAAGAACAACAUAAAGAUCAAUCAAAAUCCCAGACGUCUGAGAUCACAGUUUAUGAGGAGUUUUUCGAAGAAAACCCAUCAUCUUUGACCCUCAUUGACAUUCCAGGUUACGGACAUACUGAAGGAUACAAGGAAGACAGAGAGACUGCUGAUUAUCUGAGCAGAUUAUUCUCAGAUAAGGAUGGCAUUCAUUAUAUUGAUGCAGUGUGUUUUGUGAUAAAGGCGUCUCAGAAGCGACUCUCUGGAAAAGAGUUUUACAUAUUUCACUCGGUUCUGUCUCUGUUUGGUAGAGAUAUAGAGGACAACAUGGUGUUUCUACUCACACAUUCAGAUGGACGACGUCCAACAGAUGCUCUUAAUGCCAUUAACACAGCAGAAAUACCCUGCAGAAGAGACGAGAGAGGACGACCUGUUCACUUCUUGUUCAACAACCGACAGAAAGAGGAACGAGAUGAAGAGUAUAAGCAUCUCGACGGAUUCGCCUGGGAAAUGGGAAACAAAAGCAUGAAUGAGUUCUUUAGACUACUGGAAGAAAAGAACAGAAAAAGUGUUCAGAUGACAUUAGAUGUUCUGAAAGAGCGAAGACGACUUGAGGCCUGUGUGCCUAAUCUGAAGGAGCGAAUCUCGGAGGAAGAGUUGAAAACGAAAGAACUGACUGAGAUUCAGGAAGCCCUCAGACAGAACAGAGAAAAGAUUGAGAAAUGUGAAAACUUUAAGUUUACAGUCAACAGACAUUUCAAAGAUAAAGUCCUCAUUAAAAAUGUGUUAGUGUGGGACAGAAAUGCAACCUGCUGUGACGUGUGUCAGGAAAACUGUCAUGAAUGGUUCUGCUGGUUUGUAGAAAACCUCUCAUUGUGUGAAGUCAUGAGAAACAACUACUGCACCAUGUGUCCAGGAAAGUGUCAUUACAGCAAGCAUGUCAAAGAGAACAAAAAAUAUGAGAUAAAGACAAAGACAAUAACUAUGACAUUUGAUGAGCUCAAACAGGAGUAUGAAUGCACUGGUGACCAGCCUGUAACCAGCUUCAACAAAACAACAUAUGAACAAAUGAAAAAUGAACAUGAAAGAAGCAUGAGAGAGUCUGGGAAUACAACAACAAUAGAAGAAAAACUGAAAGAUAAUCUGGAACAAAUUAAAAAAGAAAAGUCCAAAAUGCUGCAUGAAGCUUAUAUGAUCAUCACGGGGCUGUCUAAGAUCGCAUUAAAAGCAGACAGCGCUUUCACUCUUCAGCAUCUGGAGUUCUUGAUUCUCUGACUGAAGGAGGAGGGAAAAGAUGAAUGAAUGAAGAACCUGGAGGAUCUGAGGAAAGCUGGAGAAGAGCAGAGAAACAAGGGAGCUUUACGUUUCAUGCGUAGUAAAAAUGAAUAGAUUCAACAAAUCUGAACAUACAAGAUGAAAAAGCAGAACAGAAGCUGCUCCAUUAGAGAAAAUAAUUUACAUACUGAAGGUUUUGGUGAGAUCCAUUAUCAGGAUAUUUAAUAUAUUUCAUUUACCAUUUACAAUGACUUGACCAUUAACAAAUAUACUUUUUAUAAAUAUGCAUGUAUCUCUGCAUUACAAAACAGUUUUUUUGUUGCUCUAC